GUUGCGGCGUGUCUAUGGUUUGCGCGCGGUGGCCUGUGGGAAGGCGGAGGAGUUAUGGCCUAGGGGCUGGCCGCGCGCGCGUAGCUGGCCUGGGAGCGGAGCGGAGUGUGGCGGCGGCGCGGGGGGACCCGCUGUGUCUAAGUAAUUAAGAUGACAACAGCGGCUAGGCCAACAUUUGAACCUGCAAGAGGAGGAAGAGGAAAAGGAGAAGGAGAUUUAAGUCAGCUCUCCAAACAAUAUUCCAGCAGAGAUCUUCCUUCUCAUACUAAAAUUAAAUACAGACAGACCACUCAGGAUGCCCCCGAGGAGGUGCGUAAUCGUGACUUCAGAAGAGAACUGGAGGAGAGAGAACGAGUUGCUGUAAGAGAAAAGAACAGAGACAGACCAGCAAGAGAGCACACCACGUCCUCUUCGGUGUCUAAGAAACCUCGAUUAGAUCAGAUUCCUGCAGCAAACCUUGAUGCAGAUGAUCCACUCACAGAUGAAGAUGAUGAAGACGAGGAUUUUGAUGAAGAGAGUGAUGACGAUACUGCAGCUCUUCUGGCUGAACUAGAAAAAAUCAAAAAAGAGAGAGCUGAAGAACAGGCCCGAAAGGAGCAAGAGCAAAAGGCUGAAGAAGAGAGGAUUCGAAUGGAAAACAUUCUGAGUGGCAACCCUUUACUAAAUCUUACAGGCCCAGUGCAGCCUCAGGCAAACUUCAAAGUGAAGAGAAGAUGGGAUGACGAUGUUGUCUUCAAGAAUUGUGCCAAGGGAAUAGAUGACAUGAAAAAGGACAAAAGAUUUGUAAAUGAUACUCUGCGAUCUGAAUUUCACAAAAAGUUCAUGGAAAAAUACAUCAAGUAGUACAGUUUUAUGUGCUCCAUUGCUGAAAGACUCAAAGGGUCAAGGUGACUCCCCCUCUAUGGUGUACCUCCUCCCCCCCAAAAAAAAGAAUGGCUGAAAAUUGUCUUCUGCCAUGAAUUUCCAAAUGCUUUUCCAAGGUCAUUGACAGCAUUUUAAUUGUCGCUUUGUAUCUGGAGUGUUUUAUCCUUUUCAGCAUCAUUUUUUGUUUUAACUAAACCUGUUUCUGUUUAAUUCAGUGGAUAUGCAUUUACUUUUAAUGGCCUUCAUGUAAAUGUUGGAAGAGAGACUGGUUUGCAAUAAAUACUUUAAUUGUCUAAAUACUGUUUCUUGGGAAACAACCUGUAUGUAAUAGGGAGAUUUGUAAUUUAUGCAGAUUAUGUAAAUUUUCAUAUUCUUAAAGGUAAGUGAAAUUCUACAUGCUAGAAGAGAGUAUUGAAGUUGCCUUUUUAUGCAUGAAAUUUAAUUAUCUUCCUUCCUCUGAUUAGCUAGUUGAAAUCCAAUAUGAACUCCCUAUCUGAUGUCUUAAAUAUUGAGUGUUUCCCUGAUGUACCAGUUAAGGAUGACUGGAUAGCUCCAGGCUGUUAAAAAUUCUGUCUUCAUCUAUAUCAUGAUUUCAACCUGAUUCACUGCCUUGCCACAAGGAGCAUCCAGCAGGUGUGCGACGAAGUGGUGUUCUGCCUCUAGCCAGGGAAUUUCAUUCUAUGCAAUCUUGUGUUCCUAAACCCCAGUCUUGCAGUCAGAGCCACAUGGAUGCAAGGUUGGAAGAGCCCAAUCCUGCAGUCUUUAAAUCUAGUUUCAGGACUAUGUUUUCAAUGAAGGUGGCACCCAACCCAGCCAUCACACUAAACUUUUUUUUUUUUUGUCAAUUUGAACAAAACUCAGAAUAUACGUGGGAGAACUUUUCUGUUAAUUUAGAGGAUAUCACAGUCUGUACAAUGUUCUUCAGCUAUCAGAAGGAUUUAAUUCUCUUUUGUGAUCACUGUCACAUUUGAGAUGAAUAUACAAGAGGAGGCUGAGUGACACAUUGGAUUGAAAUACCAUCCUUUUAUCUCUGGAUACCUGAGUUCAAAUCCUGAUUUAGGUCACGAGUGAAAAUGUUCAGUGGUUUCCUACUCACCAUUAGUAUUCAUUUCAAAACCUCCAUAUACGAUAACAUGAUUUGCAAUCUCUACUUGAGAGAUCUUAGAAUGGAAUAGCAGUUGUUACAGGUCAGGAAGGAUUUAAGGUGCCUUUAUGUAGAGUUUUUGCCUAGUUGCCUGCCCAUGCUAUAUCUCACCAUUUAGCCCUGUUGUUUCUGUAGCACCAAUGUUGCUCACAGUCUCUUACUUAAAAAUUAGUUGCAUAUUUUCAAAGUGAUGAUCAAGGGGUUUGAAAUUUCAGGACAGAUAUUUCAGUCUUUUUGUUAUAGCUGGUUUUUAAAUGGUAUCCUGUUAAACUACUGUAUUUGAAGCAUAUUUGUAUUCCCGAGGCAAUUCCAUUAGUUUUCAUAUUUUUCCCUUUUUUUAUGGUAAGACAAGAUGAACCAGUCAGGGCUAAACUAUCUAAACAAGUAAUGUCAGUACAUACAUAGAACGGGGAAUUUUAUAUGCACUUCAAAAAGCCAUAUUGAGACAAACUUAUUUUACUUGGAAUUAAGGAAAGAAUACUUACUGAUUUUGCUCAUGUUAUCUGUCUUUUGGCAAUGAUGAUGGUUUUUUGGAAGCAGGAGAUCAGUCAUAGUUCCUAAUGAGCACACAUUAAAAAGUCAAGGUUUGAGUUAAGAGCAGUUAGUUGGCAAAAUGUGGCAGUGGGGAAGCCAGCUGUUGCUUCAAUCUGACCUACAAAAUGAUGUCAUCGCAACAACAAAAAUACUUAACUCUAGGCAAUAUUGCAAGAUAUAUAAUAUAGCUAAGCCAAAAGUGAGUAAGUAAAUACGUUAGGGAAAGAAAAUCCUUAAGAUGUGGUUUUAUAGCUAGUUCAGUGUCUUUGUAGAAAUGUAUAAGUUUAUAUUCUUCCCUUUAUGGAUCUUUGAAACACUAUAGCCCUUUUUGUGUAUAGAAGAGUGAUCCCUUGUACUGACUUACUACUUUUAAGCUGCCAAAGGACCCUUGUUCCGUGAGCUUUGUAGAUUUAGAUUAUCCUAUACAAAUAGAAAUAAAAAUCAGAUUAAUCUCUGAAAUUUUAUAAUUAUGUAUGUGUACUUAUUUAGUAUCUACCUUCUCAGUGACCCCUCCCCAUAAUUCUAGAGGAGGGUUAUAGAAAUGGAGAUGAGAAUCUGCCCCUGGAUGCAUGUGAGUUCUUCAGCAUUACUUUUAAAAUAGGCUUUAUUGUUUUGUUUGUGUUUCAACAAAACGACAAAAGCCAGGAUUCGCAGAUUUUUAGGCUGAAAUUCCAUCUCUAACACUGUUUUUCAGCCCCAUGUGCUGUGUAACAUGACCCACUGUUUGGAAAUCCUGCAACAGCCAGGCACAAUAAAAAGUUAAGGAGUUUGAGGCCGUAUUUCUAAAUGGUCUUCAGUUGUUGAAUAUUCGGCACCUUUAACAAUGCGUAGGUAUCCAGUUUGUAAAGCACUUUGUGUUCCUGCAGGACGAAAAGCACUAUAUAAACAUAAAAUAGUACUUCACCACUGACUCAGUGGCUUAAUUUUCUGUUAUCCUUUCUAGUAUUAAAAUGCAGGAAGCAAAGUUGAUCCAAUUCAUGCAUUAAAAAGCUCCAUUGUGGCCAUGAUUUUAAAAAAAAGAACAGAAAAUGGCACCUUUUUACUGUACACAUCUGCUCCCUGGAUAUUUUUCCCAGGAACAUCUGCUUAGUUUGACAAAUAACUUUACACAGAACCAGCAUAGUUGGCAGCUCUGUUGCAGCUGGAGGUAGAAUGGAAUAGAGCUUAUGUUCUGCAGUUAAAUGGACAUUGUCAAUUUAAAAAAUAGCACUCCUGUCUGAAUUGUUUUACCUAUUUUUUCUUAUAAGCAACACCUAGGAUGGCUGUAACUGGAAGAGAUGAAUCUUUUCAAUUGGUUUACCUUGUGCAUUUGGCAACAUUUUGUGCAUAGUCAGCGUCACCGUUUCUCUGUGUUUGAGUCUUUUCACAGGGCAAUGGUGGAGGGAAUCAGCACCUAGUACAAUGGGACUAUUGUGUUUAUAAAUAGACUUUCAAGUCAUUUGUUAAAAAUUUACUAGAUUUCAUGUUGGCUGUAUCUCUUUCAAGCUCUGAUUUAGAGAAUACAUUUUUGGUUGUUUGGUAAUAUACAAAGCAGAAAUAGAAGCUUAAUGAAGUCUGUUAUGAUCUGAAUAUAUACAUUUACUGCUGAAAUGUUUAAUCAGCCAUUUCUUUUCCCUCAAAGAAAAUGGGGGGGUGUCCGUGGUUGAGUUUUUCUCCUGAUAAGUGCUGGUUGUUUUAAGAGAAUUAAUUACACAUUAAAAGUCUGAUGCAUACACUCCAAA